AGAGCGAGCACAGUGUUGUUGAGAUUCCCGAGUGACAAGAAGUUCGCCAUGUUUUGGAGGCUUGUUUUCCUUAUUUCCGGGGCAGUUUGCGCCGUCGGUCUUGAUGUUAUCGUCGGGGGCUUCACUGAUGUGGAUGGCAAUAACGAGCAAGUGCAAAACGCCCUGAACUUUGCCAUUACCGAACACAACAAGGCCUCGAACGAUUUGUACCUCAGCCAAAAGACAGACGUGGUGAAGGUUCAGCGGCAGGUAGUCAGCGGCAUGAAGUACGUCAUUACUGUGAAACUGGCAAAGACCUCUUGCAGGAAAGGCGGCUCAGAGGAACGGUGCGACAUUUUCCAAGACCCAGUAAUGGCUAAGCCUUACCAGUGCACAUUCACGGUGUGGAGCCGCCCAUGGUUGCAGUCCUUGAUUCUGACGGAAGAAAAGUGCUCAACCUGAACUACAUAAGAAAACUGUUUCCAGGAAUUGAACGGCAAAAUACUUCUAUAGUUUACAAACCCCAGUAUUUUAGAAUGUAGAAUAGAUGUGAACCUAUCUGGUAUUGUGUUGUUUUUCAUCUUUAUAGUGAAACAAGCUAACAAGUAGAUGUGCACUUCAUUGCUAAUUAGCCUUUUAAAAACAGUAUUUUGAAAAUUUAAAUUAAAGCACCUUGUAACAA